AUGUGUUUUUUGAAUCCACUCAAUCGAAAUCCGAAUGUAUUUCUCGCAAUGACUGUGCAGUGAAAAAUUGUUUUCAAACAAUGAUAUAAUGUACCCAACAGAUAACUUAAAACAUGGACUUAAAAUAAACCCGUUUAUAAAAGAAAAUAUGUUGAAAACGAUACAAAGUUUGUGCUACAACAAUUCUAACGUAAGCAAUUUUAAUAUGACGUCGCCAUUUCUGGUUGAUAACAUUCUGUAUCAGCAAAAGUCGGCAAAUAUUCAUAACCAGUAUUUGAACCAGCAAUUGGAACAUUACGUCUUCCAACGUUCAAAUUUCGAAAGGUCCAGAGACAAUUCACCGGAAGUAGAUGAAACGAAAAUGGCAGAAAACGAAGAUGAUAUACGUAAUGAUGAGUCAAUAGAUAAAGAUGACGAGGAUUCUAAAAGUAGAGACGAAGAGGAUGGUUACAUAAAAACUGAAGCUGGUUUUUAUAAUAACGAUUACUACAGAAGCGAAGAGCGGGAAAAAGAAAUUCUGAAUGUACCAUCGUUAGCACGAAGAUGUCCCUGUGGUGCAGACUGCCCACCGUUUUCUUGCAAGAAAACAGGGAUUCGUCGUCUUGAGGAAUUAGAAAAAAGAUUUAAUCUGCACAGUUACCAAGAUAAUUCUGGCGAUGAAGAGCGGGAGAAGAACACAGAAGAUAUGGUGCGGAGAUGUGAUGAUUAUAAUAAUGAACAGAAAAAACCUUUGUUAAAAUUUAGUGUCAGUGCAAUAUUGGGUGAGGAUGAUCCGGAGAAAAGAAGUGUUAACGAAUAUAGGCAACCAAUGAUUGGCAGUCCGUGGCCAAUAGCCAAGCCGAUCGCCAGCAGGCCGAUACCAGUACAGCAUCAGCACUUACAGCAUCUUCUGGCGCAUUGCCAUCAUCCUUACUUAGCAGUUCGGCCUUCACAAGCUCAUACCCAGGUGUUCCCGUUACCUGGGGGGUUCCCCUGGGCACACAGCUCUAGAGGAAAGCCACGCAGAGGCAUGAUGCGGCGAGCUGUCUUCUCCGAUCUUCAAAGAAAAGGCUUAGAAAAGAGGUUCCAAGUGCAGAAAUACAUUUCGAAGCCCGAUAGGAAGAAGCUGGCUGAGAAACUGGGCUUAAAAGACAGCCAGGUAAAAAUCUGGUUUCAAAACAGACGCAUGAAAUGGCGGAACUCAAAAGAGCGGGAACUCCUUGCAUCCGGCGGGUCCAGGGAACAAACACUUCCGAACAAGAACAACCCCCAUCCCGACCUCUCCGACGCUGAGGCAGACAAGCCGAAACUGUCGCCACUGUCAAUGAACAACGAGGAGGAAGAUAUUAAAAACAAAAUUUUCGCGUCAACUUCGAACUGUCAAACUGAAUUUCGGUACGAUGACAAGGUGGCCGCGGGACUGUUUACGCGCGAAAACUAUCAAAUGGACGAGCCUGACGAUUACGAUAGCGAAGCUAGCGCGUCUGAUGAAGAAAUUCAUGUGACAUGACGUGUUUUUGUUAAAUGUAUAUUGUUUUAAUUUAAGCUAAUAAGAAUAGAUAACUUAUGACAUUAAUAAUAAAGUUUGAUAUGUUCCGUUAAAUGUGAAUAUAAUUUUAAUAAUAUGUCCGGCGGGGUUGAUAAAAUAUUAUAAUGAGUUUAAGGAUUUGUCUGCAAUGCAAAUAAAUGUUAUGGUCAGAAUUAACGGCCGGCGCUUAUGGCUAUUUUUGAAACGAAUAAAAGAAGGCAUAUUAAAGGCAAUUCAGUUCAAAGAUUGGAAGCUGAAUUGAAAUCAUAAAAAUCUAAAUAAGAAGUAAAUAAUAUAGUCUCGUGUAAUACAACAUAUUGACGCGUUAUUUCACGCCUGCCGUUGUGGAUAAUACUAAAUUACUACUUACGAGCUGGUGGUCUUAAAGUCUACUUCUACCUUACCUUCUUGUUUAUAUUUCUAAGAUGAAACACUUCCGGUUAUCGGACAGAGUUCAGUUUAUACAUCCUGGAUUAAUUCCGAUGACAAUGAAAAUUUAUUUUACCAAUCGACCCCCAGGAUUAUCUCCAGAGUAUUCUUCAGCAUUUAACAGCAAAGAAAAUAUCUAUAAAAAGUCACUACCCGUGAUAUGGGUAUCAAAUGAAAGAGUAAUCUGAAAAAUACUUCGAAAGAGCCUGUGGCUCAAAUAAAGAAAAGCAGAAAACGUAUGUUUAAACAGGUUUUGAAAAAAAAAAUCAUAUUUAAGGGCUUUUAAAUUAUAAUUAGAUACUUAAAUUGGCAUUAAAUUGACCUAUCUCUAGAAAAAGACAUUAUAAAGUGCAAUAGAUUCCUUAUCUACUUACAGCUGUUUGUGCCAAUUUCCGCUUUCAAUAUUUUUUUCUAAAUUUCUUCCAAAUACGAGACCAUUUCGACCCAGUUCAUUAUGUAAGCUAAAUAUUAUGUUGAAUAUAUUUAUACUAUGCAAAUAAUAAUAGAUAUUUUGUAAAGAAGCACCAAUUUGUAAAUAUUACUUUAAGAACACAUAGGUUAUGUCGUAACUACACUAAUUGCGAUGCAAAAUGCGAUUCGUACGUGAGU